UUAUAACAGUCAUGCUACUAUAUACCAGAACUGCAGAUUAAUCAGAGAAAAAACACUUAAAAAUUCCAUUUGACAGCCAAUCUCUCUCAUUGGUUGGAGAGAGAUUCUCCUCAAGGUCCCCCCAACAACUAGUCUCUCUCCCUGUGCUUCCACAUUUCUCAUUUAAAUAUAUGAAUCUUGUUCAUUACUCUAUACAAUUUACAUGUAUAUAUCACCUAGACAUUUUAGUCUCCUCCUUGUCUUGAUACUAGGCUGACCACACUUGCAUUUCUUGUUUUUUUGUGCUUUCUCCCCAUCUCUCUCUUGACAUCUUCAUGUGUUUUCAAGAUCUCAAAAAACAAGUCCAUUUUUUUAUAUAUCUUUGGUGAUAAUACUAGCUCAUUGUCAAUGAAUCUCAUGAGUUUGAGCAUUCAUGUAUCUCAAACUAUGUCCCAAGCAAUAAGCCCACCAAGCCCUUCUCAUCUUCAUUCUUCACACAAUGGCUUUCCAAUUAUAGUAAUUGCUAUAAUUGGUAUAUUAGCCACAGCUUUCUUGCUUUUGAGCUACUACAUUUUUGUCAUCAAAUGCUGCUUGCAUUGGCAAAGAAUCGACAUUCUAGGACGUUUUUCGUUGUCUAGAAGUCGUCGUCGAGAUGACCCUUUAAUGGGCUUCAUGUCGACGUACGACAACAGGGGAUUGGACGAAUCGGUGAUUCGUUCAAUCCCCAUUUUUCGGUUCAAAAGAGGAGAGAAAGAAGACCCUCAAAAGGGGAAUAUUUUUUCAGAAUGUGCAGUUUGUUUAAAUGAGUUUCAUGAGCAAGAGAAGCUGAGAAUGAUACCAAAUUGUGGUCAUUUGUUUCAUAUUGAUUGCAUUGAUGUGUGGCUUCAAAACAAUGCAAAUUGUCCACUUUGUAGAACAAGCAUUUCAUUUGCACUUCAAUUCCCACUAUUGGAUCCAAGUUCAACAUCUCAAAAUCAGGCCCAGUAUCAUGACAAUUUCAUGGGCCGGGAAGAAGAUUAUGUUGUGAUUGAAUUGGGUGCAGAAGAGAAAACUCCAGAUGGAUCAAUGCCAAGGAUUCAAGAAACAAGACCACCUAGUCCUAGUCCAUCCCAAAAGAAGUUAGGGCCCAAAACUGUCAAGAAAAGGUCCAAGAAAGAUGGGCUUAGACAAACAAGUAUGGGGGAUGAAUGUAUUGAUACCAGAGUUAAAGAUGAGAGAUUAUUAGUCCAGCCCAUUAGAAGAUCAUUUUCUAUGGAUUCUGCUGCAGAUAGACAGCUUUACUUAGCAGUACAAGAAAUUGUGAAUCAGAAGAGUAAUGGGCAUGUUGUUAGUGAAAGUGUGAGUUGUGAAGGUUGCUGCAGUAGCAGAGUUAGAAGAUCAAUUUUUUCGUUUGGGCAGGGGAGGGGAUCAAGAAGAGAAGUUUUACCAGUGCAAUUAGAAAAAAAAUGUAGUUUAUAAUUUUAUUUACAAUUUUUGAAUUUUUUUAUUAUUGAGGAUUUGUCUGUUUUACA